UUUUACAAAAAAACUUGAGGAUUUUGCCUAUAGAGUCGCUGAUAAAAUCGGGAUUUAAAAAACAUUAAAGUUUCGCUUAUAUAUAAGAGCACUCUAUGGCACAGGCUAAUACAGGUGAACGCAGGCUUGCAGGUUAUGUAGCAGAUGAUAAAUAAAAGUAAAAAUAUAAGGUGUAACUUCGUAAAUUAAAAAUAUUAUAGAAUCGUAAAUAUUUGUAAAUAAAUAAUGGAAGAAAGUAAGCCAGUAGAACAAGUGGAUGAAGAAAAUAAAGAAGAAGUAACUUGGAAGGACUUGGGAAUUGUAGAUACAUUAUGCAAAGCAUGUGAAGAUUUAAAGUGGAAAUCACCUACAAAAAUUCAAUGUGAAGCUAUUCCAUUAGCACUACAGGGCAAAGAUAUCAUAGGAUUGGCAGAAACUGGUUCUGGUAAAACUGCUGCAUUUGCUCUUCCUAUAUUACAGGCAUUAUUAGAAAAUCCUCAAAGGUAUUUUGCCUUAAUUUUAACUCCUACAAGAGAGUUGGCAUUUCAAAUAUCAGAACAAUUUGAAGCUUUAGGAUCAAGUAUUGGUGUGAAAUGUGCUGUAAUAGUAGGUGGUAUGGACAUGAUGUCUCAAUCAUUAUUAUUAGCAAAGAAACCACAUAUUUUAAUAGCUACUCCAGGAAGAUUGGUAGAUCAUUUGGAAAACACUAAGGGUUUUAACCUACGUUCUUUAAAAUUUUUGGUUAUGGAUGAAGCAGAUCGCAUUUUGAAUUUAGACUUUGAAGUUGAAGUAGAUAAAAUUUUAAGGGUAAUUCCUAGAGAUAGAAGAACACUGCUAUUCUCAGCGACAAUGACCAAAAAGGUUCAGAAACUGCAGCGCGCGUCUUUACAGAAUCCAGUUAAGGUGGAAGUUUCUACAAAGUAUCAAACUGUUGAGAAAUUGCAACAAUAUUAUAUAUUCAUUCCUGUUAAAUUCAAGGAUGUAUACCUAGUACAUAUCCUAAAUGAACUAGCAGGCAAUAGUUUUAUGAUUUUUUGUGCAACCUGUAACAAUACAAUAAGAACUGCUCUUCUUAUACGGAAUUUGGGUUUCACCGCGGUUCCGCUACACGGACAGAUGUCACAAAAUAAAAGAAUAGCUGCUCUUACUAAAUUCAAGGCAAAAAAUCGAUCUAUACUCAUUUCUACAGAUGUUGCCAGCAGAGGUCUUGAUAUCCCUCACGUAGAUAUUGUAAUAAAUUUUGAUAUACCUACGCAUAGCAAGGAUUAUAUACACAGAGUUGGUCGUACCGCGCGUGCUGGCCGCUCUGGUCGUUCUAUUACGUUUGUAACACAAUACGACGUGGAGCUGUAUCAAAGAAUCGAACAGUUGAUAUCAAAACAAUUACCAUUGUAUCCUACGGAAGAAGAAGAAGUAAUGGUCCUUCAAGAAAGAGUAGCCGAAGCGCAACGUAUCGUAAAAAUGGAAUUGAAGGACAUCGAGGAUAGUAAAAAAUUAGGCAAACGAAAGAAACAUCAAGAUGAUAACGAAGACGACGACACGGAACAAUCUGUUGGGGUCAGAAAAAGAAUAAAAGGAAAAAAUAAAGGGAAGGGAAGAAAGGGUUGAAUGGCUGAGAUGCCUUAUCAGAUACGUUUGUUAAUUCUUAAUAAAUGACAAACAC